GCCUCGCCUUCGCUUUGUCUCGCUUCUUCCUCUCAUCUCUUUCCUCUUUCUUUUCCUCCCUAUACCCUUCGCAUCUUGUUGCAUCGCCCACCAGUCGUUCCUUUAACCACGACUCGCGAGCAUCGUUAUCACUGACAUCGGCCGUCCCAGCCAGACCAGCGCGAUCCCGACGACCAACGUAAACACCGCGUCGUCUCGUCUCGCACCGUUUCAUCUCAUCAGUCAAGCAUUUGUUUAGCAUCGUCGAGGCGACAGCCACACCACAUUCACAAUGGGUUGCGGAAUGAGCACAGAGGAGAAGGAGGGCAAGGCCCGGAACGAGGAGAUUGAGAACCAGCUCAAGAGAGAUAAGAUGAUGCAGCGAAACGAGAUCAAGAUGCUUCUUCUCGGUGCCGGUGAAUCCGGAAAGUCUACCAUUCUCAAGCAGAUGAAGCUCAUCCACGAGGGUGGCUACUCGCGUGAUGAGCGAGAAUCCUUCAAGGAGAUCAUCUUCAGCAACACCGUCCAGUCAAUGCGCGUUAUCCUCGAGGCCAUGGAGUCGCUCGAGCUUCCUCUCGAGGACCAGCGCAUGGAGUACCACGUCCAGACCAUCUUCAUGCAGCCCGCUCAGAUCGAGGGCGACGUUCUCCCCCCAGAGGUUGGCAGCGCCAUCGAGGCUCUGUGGAAGGAUCGUGGUGUGCAAGAGUGCUUUAAGCGAUCGCGAGAGUAUCAGCUGAACGACUCGGCUCGAUACUACUUUGAUAACAUCGCGCGAAUUGCGGCUCCCGACUACAUGCCUAAUGAUCAGGAUGUCCUCCGGUCGCGUGUCAAGACCACUGGUAUCACCGAGACCACUUUCAUUAUCGGUGAUCUCACCUACAGAAUGUUCGACGUCGGUGGUCAAAGAUCCGAGCGAAAGAAGUGGAUUCACUGCUUCGAGAACGUUACCACCAUCCUCUUCCUCGUCGCCAUCUCCGAGUACGAUCAGCUUCUGUUCGAAGAUGAGACAGUCAACCGAAUGCAGGAGGCCCUCACCCUGUUCGACUCCAUCUGCAACUCGAGGUGGUUCAUCAAGACCUCCAUUAUCCUGUUCCUCAACAAGAUCGAUCGCUUCAAGGAGAAGCUGCCUGUCAGCCCCAUGAAGAACUACUUCCCCGAUUACGAGGGUGGCGACGACUACGCUGCGGCGUGCGACUACAUCCUGAACCGUUUCGUCAGCUUGAACCAGCACGAGACCAAGCAGAUCUACACUCACUUUACCUGCGCAACCGAUACCACCCAGAUCCGCUUCGUCAUGGCUGCUGUCAAUGACAUCAUCAUCCAGGAGAACCUUCGUCUCUGCGGUCUCAUCUAAAUGAUUUAUUUUUCUUGCUGUCACAAAAACACGAAUACCCUCGAUCUUAAUAACGACACUGCUUAGAUGGGCCACGGGGACAUGGCUCACGAUUUCUUCACUGUACUCGUCAUACCAUUGGGCCGGAAGCUCGGGCAGACGGCGCGACCUUGGUCGACGCUUGUUUCUUAUCGCCCCAACCAUCACGCCAGAUAUAGUACUUUUUUGGCUGCGCCCCAGGUCGACCUUGGUUCCCUUUCUUUGUAAGGAUUUUGCGGGCUGAUGGAUGGGAGUUGCUUUGUACCACAAAACGUCUUUUUUUUUUUAUUAGGGAGAAAGAAUUGAAGACCGCUGGACCACAGAAGAUGGGGCCGCGAAGGCCAGUGGACACGGCCGCCCACGGACUGCCGAGGGAGAUGAAGCGAGUGAUGGAGUGAGGGAUGAAAGGGGGGGCCGCCAGAGAAGCAUGAAGGACGAUAAAGAACUGAUGGGGCCUCUAUUUGCAUCUGAUCAGUAUGGGCGAGGGAGGAUGGUGGUCAUCUACUUUGUUUAAUUACGAAACUCUUUUCCUACC